AUGGUUGUCAAAAUCCGUCUCGCCCGCUUCGGGCGCACCAACUCGCCCUUUUACAACAUUGUGGUAGCCCAUGCCAGGACGGCCCGCAACUCCCGGCCCCUCGAGGUGAUCGGCACCUACGACCCCAUCCCCAAGAAGGACACCUACGACGAGUCAGGGAGGCUGCACAAGGACAUCAAGCUCGACAUAUCGAGGGCGCAAUACUGGAUUGGUGUGGGGGCACAGCCGACAGAGACAGCGACCAGAUUGUUGAGCAUGGUGGGAAUCGUGGACCCUAAAUACCAGAAGACGCCACCAAGGAAGUCGACACCAAAAAAGGAAAAGGCGGCCCCGGCGGAGGCAUGA